AAAACGCAGGACCAAACACCGCGCAAUCGGGGCGCUUGUGAACUGGUGAAACAUACGUUUUUAAAUCUAUGAUCCCUGGAAUAUCGCAUGACGAAACUGUGUCCGUAUAACAUCUGCUGGAAAUCCAGCACCUUGAUCUGUUGAUCAGCAUUGUGACACACGAGAUGAGAUGGAAGAAGACAAGCUGAAACACAAGGAAGUCCAGAUGAGCAGCAGCGCUCACACUGGAGUCAGUGUUGAUCUGAAUGCUCAGAUGGGAGCAACUGUAAAUGUUCCUGUACUCCUUGGAAACACCAUCACAGGACCAGUGACCUUCAUCACGAACCCUGCAGGAAACGAGCCACAAAAUAUCACAGAGACAGCAGAGAAACACAAAGAAGAGAAAGAGGAUUUGAUUCUGAAAAAAUUCUUGGGAACUCACAAAACAGACAUGAAGAAGAAAGCAGAGCGUAUUUUUGAAGGCAAGAAAGAAAAUGAAGCACAGCUCAAGGCUGUUUACACAGAACUCUUCAUCACAGAGGGAGAUAUGAAAGAUGUCAAUCAGGAGCAUGAGAUUCUGAAGAUUGAUGAUGCUUUCAAGUACAAAAAAACACAGGACAAACCAAUCAAAUGCAAUGAUAUAUUUAUUGAACUGAGGAGAAACAAUGAGGAAAAGAUUGUGCUCACCAAAGGAGUCGCUGGCAUCGGAAAAACUGUCUCUGUGCAAAAGUUCAUCCUAGACUGGGCAGAAGGAAAAGCCAAUCAGGAUAUACACUGUGUGUUCCUGCUUCCAUUCCGAGAUAUUAACAGCAUCAAAGACAUUAAAGACAGAGAGUUCAAUCUUCAUGAGUUCCUGCUGAAAUUUUAUCCUCAAUUAAAGGACCUGGAAAAAUCAAAGUUAUAUAAGGAAUGUAAACUUUCAUUUAUAUUUGAUGGACUUGAUGAGAGUCGCCUGGAUUUGAAGUUUGAACAUGGAACAUUGAACAAUGUUGAGGAAAGAUCAUCUGUAGAUGUGCUGUUCACAAGUCUGGUCAAAGGGAAGCUGCUUCCAUCAGCUCUCAUCUGGAUGACCUCACGACCAGCAGCAGCCAAUCAGAUCCCUCCUGAGUAUGUGGGUUUGUCCACAGAAGUGCGAGGAUUCACUGACCAACGGAAGGAGGAGUACUUCAGAAAGAGAAUCACGGAUGAGACUCAGGCCUCCAGAAUCAUCUUACACAUUAAGACGUCUCGUAGUCUCUACAUCAUGUGUCAUAUUCCUGUGUUCUGCUGGAUCACAGCCACAGUACUUCUGAAAAUUCUCAAGAACAACACUGAGACCAUCAGCACAACACUCACUGAAAUGUACAUUCACUUCCUGCUGAUACAGAUGAAAAUGAAGAGCCAGAAAUAUGAUGGAAAAACAGAAAGACAACGUAAAAAGCUCUUACAGGCAAAUAGAGAAAUGAUUUUAAAGUUAGCCAAGCUAGCGUUUGAACAGUUGAAGGAGGAAAAUGUUGUGUUCUAUGAGGAAGAUCUGGAAGCAUGUGGUAUUGAUGUGAGUGAAGACACUGAGUUCACAGGAAUGAUCGCUGAGAUCUUUAAGCAGGAAGAUGGACUUCAUGAAGAAAAGGUCUUCUGCUUUGUGCAUCUGAGUGUUCAAGAGUUCCUCGCUGCAGUGCAUGUGUUCCUCUGCUACCUGGACAAGAAAAUGGAGGAGCUUCAGUUUUUCUUUGAGAAGCCAAAAGAAAACAUCACAUUGCAGGAGCUACUAGAGAAGGCUGUUGAUAAAGCCAUGAAGAGUGAGAGAGGACAUCUGGACCUGUUCCUGCGGUUUCUGAUGGGAAAUUCGCUGGGAUCCAGUCAAAACCUUCUCAAAGGCCUGAUCACACACACUGAAGACACUACAGAGAGCAUCACACAAACAACUGAAUACAUUAAACAAGUACAAAACAAGAAUAUCUCAGAUGAAUCUUCAGUCAACCUGUUUUACUGCUUACUUGAGCUCAAGGAUCAUUCAUUAUAUGAGGAAAUCCAGAGAUACCUCAGUUCAGAUGAAGAUCCAGGGAAAAAACUCUCAUCUUCAAUGUGCACAGUGCUUAACUACAUACUGCUGAUGUCAGAGAAGGUGCUGGAUGAGUUCAACCCAAAGAGGUUCACGUCAUCUUCAAACUACAAGAGACUCAUUCCAGCUGUGAGAUGCUGCAGAAAAGCCUUAUUUGAUGGCUGUGAUCUUGAUGAAACUUGCUGUGAAACUGUAUCUUCUUUUCUACAAUCAUCAAACUCCCAUCUGAGAGAGUUGGACCUGAGUAGCAAUCACCUGAAGGAUUCAGGAGUGAAGCUGCUUUCUGAUGGACUGAAGAGUUCAAACUGUAAACUGAACAUACUGAGGCUAUGUGGGUGUAAUCUCACUGGUCAGUCCUGUGAAGGUUUGUCUUCAGCUCUACAGUCAUCAAACUCUGUCCUGGAAGAACUAGACCUGAGUAACAAUGGCCUGCAGGAUUCUGGAGUGAAGCUUCUUUCUGAUGGACUGAAGAGUCCAAACUGUCAGCUGCAAAUACUGAGCCUUACUCACUGUAAUCUCACUGUUCAGUCUUGUGAGAGUUUUUCAUCAGUUCUACAAUCCUCAAACUCUGUCCUGAAAGAACUGGACCUGAGUAACAAUGACCUGCACGAUUCUGGAGUGAAGCUUCUUUCUGCUGGACUGAAGAGAAACUGUAAGCUGGAGAUUUUGAGGUUGUCUGGCUGUAUGGUGACAGAGGAAGGCUGUGGUUAUGUGUCUUCAGCUCUGAGUUCAAACCCCUCACACCUGAGAGAGCUGGAUCUGAGCUGCAAUCACCCAGGAGACUCAGGAGUGAAGCUACUCACUGAUACGCUCAACCAUCCAAACUACAGACUGAACAAACUCAAUGUGAAUCAUGGAGGAGAGUUCAGGAUUACAGCAGGACUGCACAAAUAUUCCCAUUGGCUCACUCCGGAUCUGAACACAGUGAAUAAAGCCCUUCGUCUGUCUGAGAGCAACACAGUGAUUACAGGCACUCGCACACCGCUGUUGUAUCCUGAUCAUCCAGACAGAUUUGAUUAUAGUCCUCAGGUGUUGUGUAGAGAGAGUGUGUGUGAUCGACGCUGUUACUGGGAGAUUGAGUGCAGUGGACCUGUGUUAAUAUCAGUGUCAUAUAAGAGCAUCAGCAGGAAGGGACGGGGUCAUGAGUGUCGGUUUGGAUAUAAUGAUCAGUCCUGGAGUUUGAACUGUUCUUCCUCCAGUUACUCAUUCAGAUACGAUAAGAUAGGGACUGAUCGCACUGUAAAGUCCAUCAUCAGUAGAACAGGAGUGGAUGAUGAUGAUGAUGAUUUAGAGUCCAUCAGCAGGAGAACAGGAGAGUAUGUGAAACACUAUAGAGUAGGAGUGUAUGUGGAUCACAGUGCAGGAACUCUGUCCUUCUACGGCGUCUUUGGAGACACAAUGAUCCUCAUCCACACAGUCCAGACCACAUUCACUCAACCGCUCUAUCCUGGGUUUAUGGUUUGGUCUGGAUCAUCAGUGAAACUGUGUUGAUGAAUCAGAACAGACUGACGAGAGAUUCUACCCAUAAUGCUUUAAGCUCAUGAUGAAUGAGUGUGUGUGUGAGUGUGUGUCUUUGUUUGAGUGUGUGUGUGAGUGUACUUGUCUACCUAUCUAACAGGGGACCACUGAGCAAAGAGGGGACGUUUUUCAAGUCCCCUGUAGGUCAUGCUUUAAAUCAUGUUAAAAUCAAGUAAAAAAUGCUCUGCUGAAUUUUUUUUUCAUUUUUUUAUACUACUAGGCCAAUUAUUGAUUUUUUUUUUAAUUAUCUUCAUUAUUAUUUUACUGUAAUGCUAAUACAUUCCAAGAUAAUUACCAUAUAAAUUGCCAAAAUAUUCAAAUGUUUAUAUAUAUAUAACCCUAACCCAUACCAGAAAUCAUUUAUGCAUCGUUCUACAUCUGGGUGGAAGCCUAUAACUUACUAGUUUCAAACUUUGCAUUACAUUAAUAUAAAACUUUAUUUAAAAUUGAAAUUUUAAACAGUAAAUAUUUCAAAAUAUAUACUCAUCCAGUAUAAAAUUAAAUACAACUGCCAUCAAUAGAGGGAACAAACAAAAAAACAAAGCAACUGAACAGGUGUUGCACUAUAUCAGGUAAAGAUUCAAAAUUUUAUAUCGACUUGAUGCACUGAAAAUGUUCAGCUGGCUUAAUCAAAUUAUGCGAACUGAAUGUCUAUUCACACAGGCACUUUAGUUGAACCAACUGAAGAUUUUCAAUAGAACAGUCAACUCAUAAUUUUGAACUUUGAUCUUGACAUAGAAGGCCUUUAAGUGCUUUUAAGUGUCUGGGUUUGUAUGGAUGGCAUUAUAAUUAGUUAUAUGAGGUACAACAGUAAACUUUGAGUUGCAAGAAAAAAUACUUGUCUGCUUAAACUGCUCAUUUAGCAUGUAGAGUUUAACUAGUGUGGAAGUUGGCAUGGAAUAUGAUUAAACAAAAUGCCUUUGAUCCCCUGUUAGAUGGUAAAGUGUGGCUCAUGUUUGGUUGCUUUGCCAUUUCUUACCAUCAAUGUAUGUAUAUAUAUAUAUAUGGGCAAGAACUGGUGUUUAGUGUUACUAUGAACAUUGCUGCUAUAUUCAGAGAUAUUCAGAAUAUGAAAUAUUGCUAAUUGCACUUUACCAUCUAACAGGGGACCAAUGUCCUUUUGUGUAGUGAAAUUACUGCUGCUGCUGCUGCUGCUGCUUAACUUUAGCAUGAACACUUUUGCUUGUGUGGAAUUGGGCAUUGAAUGAUGAAUAAAAAUGGUAACAUCUAAAUUAACGUAUUUUGUUCGUCAAAAAUAUUAUUUAACAUCAAUGAACCAAACUAAAUACAUCAGUUUAUACCAACAAAACUAAGUUUUGUUUUAAAUCAAGCAGAAAUAGCUCUUUAAGGUAACAGUUGCGGGCUAUCACUUUAUACAGUGAAUUUUGUUUUGAUUAAACAAAAUGCCUUUAGUCCCCUGUUAGAUGGUAAAUUGCGACAUCUGUUUGGUUGCUUUGCCAUUUCUUACCAUCACAAACACACUGUAAAGAUUUUGUAGGUCAGAUCUUAAUUUUAUGUUGACUUGCUGCAAAAUUGUCAAUUAUUUUAAUUAAAUUAUGUGAACAAUGUCUUUUAACACUGGCACAUUAGUUGAAUCAACUGAAGAUUUUCUAUGCAACAAUCAACAUAAAACUGAGUUUUGACCUUUAAAAUAUUUCUACAGUUUUUUUUUUUUAAUCGCAAGAACUGGUGUUUUUAGUUUUAUUACGAACAUUGAUUAGCUCUGAAUGUAGCAGCAUAUUAUGAAAAUGUAAAGGCAACCAAACAGGUGUCAAACUUUACCAUCUAACAGGGGACCAGUGUCCUUUUGUGUAAUGAAAUCACUAUAACAUGCACAUGUUGCUAUAACAUGCACACGAUGGCUUUUAACCGAUCAUUAUCUGUUAACUGAAAUGAUUAGAAGGUUAAAUUAGAAUUAAAUUAUUAUGGAUAAGUGUCUGUGACCCAUUAAAAUACCACAAAGGUUUAGUUUUACAUGUGAAAAUAGCAGCAUAAAGCAGCACUUUUUUAUCUUUUUUUAUUUUAUAAAAUAGCAUAUUAUGUUUGGUUUUCAUUUGUAAACAUUGCAUAUUUUAUAUUUCUGAAUGUUAAAAUAAAAUAUGAUAUACACAACUUACCUGUUUUUUUUCCUCUCUAGCAUAUUACUUUACUUUAAAAAUACUUAAAUUUUUUACUACAGGUAUUAAUUGGUCAAAAGGCUUACAGUCUUUUAAUUAUGGUCAUCCUUAAUAUGAACUAAAAUUUUUAACACGGGGACUUUAAUUGAACCAACUGAAGAUUUUCAAUUAAAUAAUCACCAUAAACUGAGUUUUGAUCCAAAAUAAAGGCAAGGUUAUAAAGGUUGUAAAGGCAACUAAACAGGUGUAGCACUUUAUCAUCUAACAGGGGACCAGUGUCCAUUUGUGUAGUGAAAUCACUACAACAUGCACAUGCUGCUGCUUCUGAACUUUACCAUGUACACUUUAACUUGUGUGGAAUUGGGCAUGGAAUGAUGAAUAAAAAAGGGUAACCUGAAAAGGUAAAUUAACUUAUUUUGUUCAAGUCAAAAAUAUUAUUUAACAUCAAUAAACCAACCAUGGUCAAUAAACCAAUGUACAUACAUCAGUAUAUACCAAAAAAGUUUUAUGGGUUAAAUCAAGCAGAAAUAGCACUUUAACCCUCUGGGGUCUGAGGAUUUUCGGGGCCCUGGAGAAGUUUUGACAUGCCCUGACAUUUGUGCUUUUUUCAGUUGUUCAUAAACAUAUUAAUGGAAAAAGUGUCAUUACACUGUAUUCAGCACAACCUAGGCUACCAUAAUAUGUGAGGAACAUGUAUGUACAUGUUUGUGUUUUUGAAGGAAUAACGUUUAUGCGUGGUUAUUGAAAAAACAAAAAACUUAAGUCACUGAAAUAAAGCCAAAAAAUUUAUAUUAAAUCUGUGUUCACAAGACUUCUGGGUAUUGGAGGUUGUAGACUAGAGUUUUUGCUUCAAAAUUAUGUAAAAAUUAUCCUGCAUACUCGUUCAUUUAUAACAAUAUAUUGAUUUAGUUUUUGUAAGACACUUUUUGUCAAGAAACACAGUAUGCGUGGAGGCGUGAAUCAUCAUGAAUAAUGGGUGAUUUACACCUGAGAAGACAAAAGAAUCGCAUAAAGAACCUCUAAUGAGCUGCAUAUUAAUGAGGCCUUUCAGUCAGGUAGGCUGUGAAAAAACCCUCUGUGAUCAUGUCUCAAGCUCAUCAUGGUGUAUAUCAAACAUACAGAAAA